GUCCUCGACCCCCACCGGGUUUUGGGAGAGGUUUCGUAGUACGUUAACUAGAUUAGCAGUUUUAGUCCUUAAAUUUAGGCAUUUUUGGUUUUGUAUUUAUUGACUAUUAGUGUUCAGACUCUUCCCAAAUGAGUGAACUAGUGUGGGGAAUCAAAAAUGGGGAUUUGGAGAUCGUCAAAGAUUUAGUAGAGAGUAAGGAAAUAGAUAUCAACAAAGAAAUUGAUGGCAGGCCUCCCCUUCACUAUGCUGCUGAUUUCGGACAACCUCAUGUCAUUGAAUAUUUAGUAUCGAAAGGAGCUGACAUUAAUGCAAAAGACAAACAUGGUAUUUCUGCUCUUCUUGCUGCCAUUUGGGAAGGACAUACUAGCUGUGUAAGGACUCUUUUGGACAAGGGAGCAGAGAAGAUUGGUUCCGCUCCAGAUGGAACAAAUUACCUAGACUGUGCAGAUAAAGCUGAAAUCAAACAGCUUCUUCAAUAGGUUUCUUGGAAAUAUUUUUUUAAAAUACCUAUUUAUUAUUUAUUAAAAAUAACAUUAAAAAAUAAUUUGUUUAUUAAUAAUGUGAGUUAUUUGAAUUUUAUUUUUUUAGUAUAUUCAUUUCUAAAUGUUUUCUCUUCUAUUUAUAUAUUCAUUAGUGUUGGUGUUUUAUUUUUUAUAGGCUUUUUUUUUUAAUCUUGCUUAAAAUCCAAAGAUUUAACUAAUUUAGUUAUAGAAUUAAAUAGAUCUAAGCAAAAACUCUUAAUGUCGCUGAAUCAAAUAUUUACUUUAUAAAAUCAUGGUAGAAGUAUUUUUAUUAAAUAUAAGGAAGGUUGUAUUAAUUGUAUAAUUUUAAGAAUCCAUGCAUAUUUGUAUGGUUAAUAUCCUUCAAUUUUUGUUAUGUCUGAAGAAUUUCAUAUCUGUAAUUUUG